ACAAACCCCACACUCAGCACACAAGAAAAACCGAUUGACACGCUUCACAGAAAAACCACCAUUGCUACAACAUGGCUUUCAGAAACUUAGCGCCUUCUCCUUCACCGGCGCACCACAACCGCCAUCACCACUUCCGGUGGGCCCCAUCUCCCGUUGCUACCAUCGCUGCAACGACAAUUACCACUCUCAACCAGUCAUCUUCACCACCGUCCAACUCCAAACUCCCCGUUGACUUCAGCCCGCCUUUGAUAGCCAUGGUAGUAGUGGUUGCCACAGCUUUCCUGGUAAUCACGUACUCUCGCUUGAUUUCUCGUUAUCUCAUACGAGUGCUUCGCCGCUGGCGAAGGUGGCGUCGUCGUCGCCGCCUUCGUUACUUCCCUUCCUCCAACGGUGACCUCGACUCGCCGCCGCCUCUCUUCGACUCACCUGAAGGUUUUCAUGUUUAUUCUCCUUGUGGACUUGAUGAAUCAGUUAUCAAGACUUUGCCUCUCUUCAUCUACACCACCAAAAAUGGUGUACACAAACAGAGCAGCAACAGUAAAGACUGCGCUGUCUGCUUACUGGAGUUUGAAGAUAACGAUUACGUCCGUACGCUCCCGGUUUGCUCUCACGCCUUUCACGUUGAUUGUAUCGAUAUCUGGCUAAGGUCUCACGCUAAUUGUCCUCUUUGCCGUGCCAGAAUAUUCCGUUCGGAAUCUCCGUUUAUUCCGGUGAUGGCCGCUAGAAUCAGACCUAGUCUGGAUGACACAAUUCUGCAUAGUAUUAGUGUCGAACCCGUAAUUCACACUCCUCCUCAAGCGAGCGCUAUAACGACAGUGACGGAGAUCACUCCGUGCAUCGAGGAAUCUUCGUCGAGACGAAACAGCAAUAAUUUCAACAACUACAGUCAAUCUGAGGAUCGAUUCAACGGCCGUGAUAUCUUUUUGAAACGGUCCUACUCUUUCGGGUUUGAACGCAGCUCGGCAUCAGAGAGGAUGUUGGUAAUGGAGCCAGCGACAGCGUCACCUUGGCGUUACCGAAGGGGAAGCUUCUGGAGUAAACGUCCAUCGCCGUUUGGAUCAUUAUCUAAGCAUAGAGUUUUCUCAUUUAGACACUACAGAGGCAUGAAAUCACCAUUUUUCAGACGGAGAGGAGGAUUCUUCCCAUUAUCGGAGCGAUACCCAACCGUGGUAGGAGGAGGAGGAGGAGGAGGAGGGUCAUCAAGGAGGAGCAAGUCAAUGGCGAGUCCAAUGUUCCAAAGGUCAUCGGUGACAGCAUUCUCGUCGAGCAGGCUAAGGUGUGGGGAUCCCGAGGCACUGCUAUCACCGGAGAGAUACAACAGAAGGUGAAGAAAAGACAAAGGGAAAGACACGUGGAGGAAAGGGAUUGGAGAGGAAAAGGAUGGUCGGAGAUAUUAAAUGGAAAGGGGAUCGGGAAGCGAAGGAGAGUUAAUGAGAAGAGACUAGUCUGGCAAAUUGCGGAGGGGUCAUUAAUGGGAAGUGGGGAGGAGCAUUUAAUGAAAAAAUUGACGAGAGAGAACAUAACGUUAUACUAUUCACACAAACACACAGCUCUCUAUAAUUUUGAUAAUUGGUUAUUGGAUUUCUCUCCUCACUCAUUAAUGGCCUGGAGCCCUGGCGCUGGAGGGAGGGCCUCUGAAUUUGAUUCCAUGGGCAAACAGGUUGCUGAUAAUCUCUCGCUGGAUUAAUUUUUUUUCAAAAAAAAAAAAAGUUUUAAUACUUGCGCUCUAUAAUAAUGUGCAUUAGAACAGAUUGAGCGUCGGGCAUGCAACUAAGCAUGCUGGGAUGUUUAGGCUUAAUUAAGUUAACAUUUAGAGUGGAUGAGACAAUCUCAGCAGCAAUUGCAAGUACUCGACAGUGGAGUGGACACCAUGGGACAGCAUGCUUCUGAUGCACCCAUCAAGCUCUCAUCUAAAGGAAAUGUUAAAUUUUGCAUAUUGUGUAUCUUGUGUUUACGAUAACGGAGUGGGCCUGUUCGAAGAAAAAGUUUUGAAUCAAUAAAUUAAUUGUCAAUGACUUUCAAGUUAA